UUCCGUCGAGGUAGGCACGGCCGAGUAUCGCAUAUACCGUUCCUCCUCGUAGGCAUUCCAAGCGGGAAUUCUCGAAAGCCAGUUGUGUUGUAGAAACCGUGGUGCGGCUUGCCCGCCGCUCGCCGAUACUUUCGACCGGUCGUAAAGCCGACGUUUCGCAGCACCGUCCCGGUCGCUUUCAGUAACACAGAAUUUCGCCACGAAAACGGACACGAUCGUUUUGCCUAUCGUGGACUAUCGUAGAGUCGCAGAGCCCCGGCCCGGAGGCCCCACCGGCGAACCGUACAUAAAAUUCUGAGUUCCGUCGCGCCAAUCUGUCACAAUGGAUGUCGAAACCGGGGCCAUUCUGGCCCUGCAGAUAUUGGCUCUGUGUUCGAUAGUCGCAGCCCUACUGGCUUACUUGAUGCGACAGUCCAGGAAUGCAGCCGACGAAUACGAGUCGCGUAACAGACGUCAUGUACUCGUUACCAGCUGUGAUACAUGCGUAGGCUUGCAGAUCGCCCUUGCACUCUACGAAGCCGGCUACAAGGUGUUCGCGGGUUUGCUGGACCCAACGGGUGGCGCGCCGUCGGUCAAAAUCUUGAAGGCGAUCGAGCUGGAGCGGCAGAAAGAGGACGAGCCCGAUGGUACGAGCGAUGGUGGUCCGCAGCAACCGGAAGCCGCACGUGCCCGCGGUCAAAUUGUGCCAUUGGAAUUGGACCCGACAAGGGAGGACAGUUUGCGUGCUUGUUUGGACGCUGUCCGGGCUAAACUUCCGGCCGGCGAGGAUGGUCUCUGGGCAGUCGUGCACACGGGCGGCUUGGUUUUACCAGGUGUUAUAGAAAAACAAACCAGCUCAAUGUGGGAGUCCAUGUUGCGUCAUAACUUGGUUGCUCCACUGAGAACAGCCAGAGUAUUCAUCCCACUUUUGCGCAUCAAGAGAGGCCGCAUCGUUCUUUUGGGCGAUUCCGAGACGAGCUACGGUGGCAAAGCGGGCUCCGGGCUGGUGGCGUUCAGCGCGUCCCGAAGAGCCGUGGAAGGUGCCGCGGAGGCGUUAAAAAGCGAAUUACAUUCAUCGGGCGUCGACGUCGUACUUCUCAAACCGCCGCCCGUAAAUCCCUUCGUUCUUUAUGCAUCGCCCGUUCUCAAGACGGUCGACGUGGAGUCUGGUGUAACAGCCUCGGAAGGGACGUGGACCGCUCCGCUAUCGAUUCAUUCCAUACAGAACGCUCUGAUUCCUGCGAUUACGACGUCGUGUCCUCUAAGCGUUUACGAUAUGUCCGUCAAGCCGAGGCUCUUCUGUCGAUAAUUCCGUCCACGUCGCGUAAACGGACCGAAAGAUCGCGAGACGUAAUAAUAUCGUGAGACUCUUCGAGUUGAUGCGAUACGCGCGCGGUAGGUACGUAUACGGGAACAAUGGGACGUGGAAUAUAAUGGUACACGCGGUGUCAUUUGCGUUGACGUGUCAUUCCCGCGUGCCCUAAAGCAUUGCAUGCGGGAUUUCUUUCUCGAUUUCGCGGUAGGCGACACUUCCUGCGUGUGAAUGAUGUCAUUUUUUCAUGCGCUUGUCUCGAGCGGCAUCAAUAAUGAGUUCUCACCUUUAUUGUCCAUUCAUUUUUGUACCUAUCGUGUUUGCUGUCAAAUUCCAGUAUCAAUUCGAGGAGAUAUUUAAUAAAACAGCCGAUAAUUUUCAUCGCCGCUAGAUUAAAUUCGUGAUAACUCUUACUCUUAAUAAGUGUAUUUUCAUCUCUUUUUCCUUCGAAAAUAAAAUUAUUCUAAUGUAGUUUUACGUUGUAAAAAUAAUUGUCUCCAAAAUAACUAUUACAGGGAUUAAUAUAUUUUAAAAUUGGACAUUGGAAUCCGGUAGAUUUAUCUUCGAUUGCGAUAUUUAAAUAUUUGGUUGUGUUGUGACUUCAUGAAAUGUAUAUUUCAAGAGGUUGAAACGAAAAAUAUGUUUCACUUGAAAGGUUCCGAUGGACGUGUAUGCGAAGUUAAAAGAAUUUUCUACAUUUGCGUAUGUGUAAAUAUCAGAUCUAUAAUACAUGAAAUACCUGAAUAACUUUCGUACAUUUGAAAAUAUACAACAAGAAUUUUAAAUAUGUAAUUUGCAUAGUUUGAGAAAAGCGAGAACAUGAUGAAUAAUCCUUUGUCCUUUACGAUUAUUAUUUUUUGAGUUUUUUUCAAACGGAGUUUUCAAUGAGUUUGCUUUUAAAUAAAGUUUUAAUAAUAAAGAUUAAUAUAUUUUCUCUUACAUGUCUCUACAUCACAAUUAAAAUUAUAAAAAUAGUGUUUAAUUUUUCUUCAAAUCUACAAAAGUUAUUCUGUCGUCUUGUUCUCGAUAGAAUAUUCUAUAUAAUUUGUAUAUAGGUCAACCUUUCACGAAAGCUAUUUGAAAUUUAUAAAGCAUGAUUAAAAUGUGAAGCUUUUGUCAAUAAAUCUAUUUUAGAUGAUCUAUAUAUUUUAGAUAAAAAUAAUAGAUUUUUCUUUAAAAAGAUUUUAACAGAUACAAAUGUAAUUGAAUUAAGUUAAAAUAAAAAGUAAUUUGCAAUAUAUCCUAUUACGAUUACGUGUAACAUCGAUAAUAGUGUUGUAUGUAUUGUUCGUUAAAGUAAUGUAUAAAAUAAUAUGGAAAUAAAAUAGGCUCUUGUGGCGGUAUCUCAAUUUUCAA